AGCGUGACGUAGGAGGAAGAAGACGCCAUUAGAGGGAGCGGGGCCAGCGCCGUGACAAGUGCCCUGGUUCCGUCCCCGGGCUCUCCGCGCGGCUGCCUCCUUCGGUCCCCGCAUCCCCAGGCUCUCCACGCGGCGGCUCCCGGCCGGGCUCGGUAUCCGGCUGUGCCCUGCGGCCGCUGCGUCGCUGAUGUGAAGCCGCGGCCCGGCGAGCGGGCGGGUUCGCUGCGGAUGGCGGCGGCGGGUUCCGGCGCGGGGGGAGGCGGCCGGAGUUUCUCCUUCAAGGUGGUGCUCCUCGGGGAGGGCUGCGUGGGGAAAACCUCCCUGGUGCUGCGCUACUGCGAGAACAAGUUCAACGACAAGCACAUCACCACCCUGCAGGCAUCUUUUCUAACAAAGAAGCUAAACAUUGGAGGAAAAAGAGUAAACCUUGCAAUAUGGGAUACAGCAGGUCAAGAAAGAUUCCAUGCACUGGGUCCAAUUUACUACAGAGAUUCUAAUGGAGCUAUUUUAGUAUAUGACAUAACAGAUGAAGACUCUUUUCAAAAGGUAAAAAACUGGGUCAAGGAAUUAAGAAAAAUGUUGGGAAACGAAAUCUGUUUAUGUAUAGUUGGUAACAAAAUAGACUUGGAAAAAGAGAGGCAUGUUUCAGUUCAAGAAGCAGAAACAUAUGCAGAAUCAGUGGGAGCAAAACACUAUCAUACUUCAGCCAAACAAAACAAAGGAAUUGAAGAACUCUUCCUUGACCUCUGUAAAAGAAUGAUAGAAACUGCUCAAGUGGAUGAAAGAGCAAGAGGCAAUGGUUCCAGCCAGUCAGGAACUGGAAGGCGGGGUGUUCAGAUUAUUGAUGAUGAACCACAAGCACAGAGCGGUGGAGGGUGCUGUUCUUCUGGAUAACUGUAUAAAACUGUGGAUUAUUGCCCCUCAACAUGAAGACUGCCAUAUUUCAAGUCAUGCAUUCUUUACCAGUGGAGUAAUAGAAUUAACAGUAUUGAAAAAUCAAUCACUUAUAACACUGCAGAGACCUCAAGUGCUAAACUAGUGGAGUCUGAGACCAGAGAAUUGGCAUUUUCUACAGUGGUUAACAAAGCAAUUACCAAUGGCCUUUUUACAUAUUUUUCUUUAAUGAGGAAUAAUAUGCAUGUAGAAAAGACCUACUUAAAGGCUUCAUUUAUAUUCUUUUAAAUCAGAUCAUUAUUUAAUAACUUAUAUACAUUGUUGGAAUAGUAUACAUUUUUGCAGCUGUUUGUGUCUUGUGGUAGAUUCAACUGUAUCACUUCUAAACUGCAAACUUUUUUUUUAAAUUAGCAGAUAACUGAACUACUAUUUUUGCAGGGCUUACAAGUCCAUAACUGUCAACUACUUUGAUAUACUAUAUAUUCAUUCUGUAUGCCAAGCUGGUAAAAUACAUUGUAAAUUACAUAUUAAAUUUCAUCUGCUUUUACAAGUGCAGGUGCAGAAAUACAUACAUCAUCCUAGUCAGUGAUUGUCAAGUGAAUAACAAUGGGUGAAAAGAUGCAGGUUUUUCAUUUGUACUUUGUCAAACUGCUUGUUUCUUCACCUGCUCUUCCUGCAGACUCCUAACAGGUGGCUUUUUGGUGUAUUCAGUUACACAGAGCUCUUAAAGUCUCUUCCUGGCAAGUAGCAAUAUGCUACAGAGCACCUCUAGCAACAGGGCAAGAGUGCUUCCUUAAACUCCAGUUAACCCAGAGGGACUUGAAUCUCAGAUGAAUAGUGGAGCACACUGCCAUCUCAAGUCUGCAAUUGCUUCAUCCUCUCCUAGUCUCCAAGGAAGCUUAAUCUUAAAUAAAUUUAGCCCUUGUCCAUCUGGUAGCCACUUAACAAUGUUUGUGAAAAGUUGUAUUAGUAUCCUUGCCUCCAAGACAGCAUUUUAAACUUUAAUGAGCAUUAGUUUUUCAUACUACAAAGCUUGAGUGAACAAGUAAAUGAAAUUUAACUUUCUUGAAUUACUUUUGAGUUUGAGUGGUUUGACUAUAAAUGUAAGAUGUAAAAACUUACAAGAUGCAGUGUAACUAUAGGAACACUAGAAAGGACUAAAUUAUAUUCAUGCUUUGCUGCUUUUGUAAAGCUUAGUGAAGCCUACUUUAAGGUUUUGGGCAGACUUUAUUUUUGAAAACAUUAAAAUCUGUUUAAAAUCUGCAGCAGGAACACACAUGGUGGCAAUUAAAACUUAAACUGUUGUGCUCUGACUUUUUUUUUUUUACACAGUUUGUCACGUUUGGAAAAACAGUAAAAGUGUCUGACAAAAUAGAAUAUUCUUUGGCUUUCCUUUUUCUGAAGGGCAGAAUCAGGCUUACUUAAGCAAUUGCAAAUAUACUGAAAGCUGUGGGAAUAUCUAUUAUACAGUAUAUGUGGGGGCAAAUCCAUUUGUACUACAACAAGAAUGUGCUGAAUAUCCUCAGUGUAUUCCUUUUUUUCCCCCUGCCCCAAAAUGAUAGAAUUUUAGUUUAAGUACUUCAUGGUAAAAAAAAAAAAAGCAGGAACCUACAUUUCUACAAUCCAAUCUUGGCAACCUUGGGCUUAAACCUGACAGACACAUCCACUUAAGUAACUUUUCAAACAUUGUGUAAAUGGCUUAUACAUCUUAACUAGCAAGAAAACAUAGCAUGCUAUUGCUUGGCCUCUGUAAAUGACUGUGGAAAACAUUAAUGAAAAGUCUGAUCACAA